UUGUUUGUUUGUUUGUUUGUUUGUUUGUUUUAGAACAGCGUUUCUCGCCAAAACAGCAAAACAGAUUUAAAAAAAGAGCGUUUAUUGCGUACAAGGUUACAAUUUUUAUCACAAUUUAGGUAACUCGCCUCUCUCUUUUUGUCGAGCAGACGGACUAACAAGAGAGAUAGGCCAGGGGAAGGGGCAAAUAGUCACGAGGGGUACUCCGGGAUUGGAGUAGAACUGAUCAAACUAAACAAAUCAAAUCACGUGACAACCUCCAACCGAGGCUUCAUUUAUACAUUAGAUCCCAGUGCUUUUUCAAAUCAUCGCUAGCAAUUGUUCAUUCUAAUGAAACACUGUCCAGUCUAUUGGUAGAAUGUCAAGUAAAUGUUAUACAAAUGGUGGAGGAUAUCAAGUAUAUGUGAGAACAAGUUUAAGUCUCAUUCCAAAGGUGCUGUGUUUUGCAUAAAGCUCUAUCACCCACUGGUGAUUUAUUCAUGUAAGCGGAAAAGUUUUCCACUGGUGCCAAAACUCAUCGAACGAACACAUAAAAGUGCCCAGGUACCAGAAUUUUGUUAUUAUAAUUUCAUAGCGCGUUUUCUAUCUUUCAUUUAUAUCUUUGUUUACCGGUAAUUGACCUAAUAAGUGAUUUGUUUGGUCGGAGAAACAAAUGCGUGGUGUCGAUCGCAGAGGUGACCCUUUCUGCGCAAUAGGACGUAUGUGGGAGGCAAACAAAUCAUGUGACAAAUGACGACUUCGAAGUCAAUCGUUCUGACAGCGCUCAUUUCAUUGUGUCUACAGGCAGAACUUUCACCAACAAUGGCUGAUGCCUCUAUAGGCUCGACGGCCACUCCAUAUUCAACUUUUGAAACACCGUCCUCGACUGGAUCGUCAUCAGCCGCAACUCCUACUUCACUUCCAUCUACCACAGGAGCGUCAACCGAGCCUUCCACAACUGAACGUCCCACCUCAAGCCUACCAGAUACUGGAGGAGAGCCAUUCUGCGGAGAAGGACUAACAUGUGGACCAGAAUGCCAACUCCUUUGUCUCAACAUGCAUAACUAUUACCGAGACCUCCACGGCUCUCCACCAUUGGAAUGCGAUCCCGAACUUGCUAAAUCCGCACAGGAGUGGACGGACCAACAAGCCGCGAAGGGCUACAUGCACCACUCCAAAUGGACAGACAAAUUCACGGAGAGCAUUUCUUGGAAAGGCUGGGGAUGGGAAGGAAUGGACGAAAUGGAGGGAGCCAUACCAGGGGCGGUGAGGAGCUGGUAUUCUGAGAUCAAGAACAACUAUGAUUACCAAUCAGGUCGAGGAUCUGGCGUUAUCGGACAUUUCCAAGCAGUGGUGUGGAAAGGAGAGACAAAGCUAGGCUGUGGGCUCAACAUUAAACCUGAUGAUGGGACUUAUGUCACUGCACAUUACGCUCCGCCUUCUCAUACGAGCAUGAACAAGGAGAAAAUUGCACCGAAAAAUAUAAAACCAAGAAAACAACCAGGUGAAAUACACCACAAGGUGUUUCUGCUAUUUGGGUUUGUUUUAUUAUCGAGUGUUGAAUUAAGAGUGUCGCUGUUAAUUUAGACAGACUGUCUUAAAAUGUUAGCUAAAACUGAUUUGUAUUAA